AGAUUUUGUUUUAAGCUAAAAAUGUGUCUUAAAAAGAAGCAGAGUCUCUGGUACUGGUCAGUAGCAGAAGCUGAUAGUACUAAUGAGGCCCCAAGGCCGGUCUAAUAAGGUAUUUUCUUUUCUUACCAGAAUAAGUUAUCUUGAUACCUAUGGGGGUUUUACAUUUUUAUACUAAAUUUAGGGUGAAAAAUUACUCCUACCAGGAGAAACAAUGGAUGGGAGGGAAAUAUGGGCUGCAAUGUAAUGCCUAAUAAUGGUCUGAUUGAAUCAAUGAAUUGCCUCAUCUAUGUGAUCUGGGGUCAGGGAUAAGGAGAAUAAUGGAUCUGGCACAGGUGGAGAGACACGUCCAUUAACCCGAGCUUGUCCCAUUGUGCUAGUAGCUACCGGGUCUAACGUUUAGCAGGGGGGGGUGGGGGAAGCAGCCACUGGCUUCGGUUUUGCACGGACCAGUAGUAUUGGGGGGGCUGUGGCGAGUUGGCAAAGCGGCACGGUAUUAUUGUAACCUAGCACGCAAUUGGGUGAAUUUCGUGCCCGGGGACAGCACCCCACUGAAACCCGCCACCUAGCCCCAAAGCAGGAGCCACAUCGGCAGCAGUAAGCGCGGCCUCCAGUGCAGCGCCCAAGCGUCUUCCCAGCUCCCCCGCUAUGCUGCCAAUGCGCCUCGCCCCCGCCCUGGGGAGCUGACCGGUUACUUCAGCUGUCCAAAGCGGGGCCGCCCCUCCGCGGAGCCGGUCAGCAAGGGCGCCAACCGGCGACGUUUUGGAGCGCGCAGUGUCGGGGCGCGGGCUGGCACCCAGCGGGGCUUUCCCUUCCCUUCCCGCCCAGCCCGGGGCCGCGGGGGACGGUCACGUGCCGCGGGCGUGCGCUUGCUGGGCCCCGCUGCUGCCCGUCGCGAGACCUACCGAAAACAAAGCCUGGUGCAAUUGAGACCUGGUCUACACCACGCUAAAAUUUAGGUUAGUGAUGUCUGCCCAUAGGUUAAUUUCCAACCGAACAUCUCAGCAGGCUUUGUCUAACUCUGAUUACACUUGGGAGUAUGAGUACUAUGAGUACGGACCAGUUUCCUUCGAAGGACUGAAAGCUCAUAAAUAUUCCAUUGUGAUUGGAUUUUGGGUCGGUCUGGCAGUUUUUGUCAUUUUCAUGUUCUUUGUGCUGACCUUGCUGACGAAGACAGGAGCACCGCACCAAGACAAUACAGAACCUUCUGAAAAAAGAUUUCAUGUGAGUAGCUUCAUGGCAGACUUUGGAAAACCUCUGGAGUCAGACAAGGUUUUUUCACGUCAAGUAGCUGAAGAGUCCAGGUCACUCUUUCACUUUUACAUUAAUGAAGUGGAGCAUUUGGACAAAGCAAAACAAAGCCAUAAAGCCCCUGGUCUGGACAGUAAUAUUCACUUCCAGGAAGUAGCAAGGAGUAGUGGAAGGCUGGAGGAGGAGCUGAAUUGCCUUACAAAAUUUAACAUUCCCAACUUCGUGAACACUGACCAGAGUUCUUCACUGGGUGAAGAUGAUCUGCUGAUUUCAGAGCCCCCAAUCAUUUUAGAAAGCAAACCAGUUAUCCAAGCCUCACGUCAGAUCCUUGACUGAAAAACCUUGAUUUCUAAAGCAGAGUGUCUUUAUUGUUUGUGGUAUCAGGAACUCUUAUUCAGCUGCUAACAUCAGACCUUUUGCCUAUUUCAGUAGAAAAUAUUUCAUAUCUUAUGCCUUGUGUUUUAUUGUGAAUAUUGAACUGAUUUCACUUUCGUAUAAAGUGAAAUACUUAAUAUUUUAUGUCAAGACUUAUUUUAUGUCACUUUCAAGUGUUUCCUAAGAUCAAAACCUUCUUCGGCAUUGCUGUUGUUGCUUGCUAUUUGUUUUAUUUAACUAGCCAUCAUGCCCAGCUGCCUAGUGGUAGCAGAACACACUAACACGAUACAAGAGUUGCAAUACACUUAACUUUGCUUUGUGGGGAUUGCUGCAGCUGCACAGGGAGGAGUAUCACUGGAUUCUGAAAGGAGUGGUGUGGAACUGGUUGUCCAGGAGGACAGUAAACUCAAAUCAAGACUGAAUGGAGGAAUAAAAAGAGGAAGCACCUUUUCGGGCCUCUGAAUCUCCUCUCCUCCCCUGCCCCCUUUCAAAAGGCAGAUUAUUUUGAAACAUAACUAACAUAAUAGAAAUUUGCCUGCCAUUAAUCUGCACCCAAGACUCCUAUCCGCUUUUAGAGGCUGCUGAAACCCCAUGUAUCAAAAUUCUAGUGAUGCUGUUUUGUAUAUUAUAUUCAAUGGCCAUAUUUAGCUUUUCAGAAAAUUUCAUAUUCUUGCAGUUGUGGGUGGGUGACCUAGAAUGAAUGCAUUCUACAUACAAUUAAUAACAUUGUUUGGUGGACUUGAGUGUCAGUGCGAGCCUUUAACAUAGUGAGCACAGGAUUUAAUACAGAAACAAUAGGAAACAGGGUAGAAAACAUUCCUGUUUUGCUCACAGCACAGCAGAUGUAGCCAGUUACUAUAGUGUAUGUUUGUAAUGGAUUGAUACUUCCUGCUCCUGUACUUGACUCAGGGCUUGGCUAAGCUUGCAAGUUAGAGCGCAUUAAAGCAGCCCCAGGUGCCCUAACUUCCGAUGUGUCCACACUGGCAAGGCACGUAGAGCGCCUGGACUCUGCAGCUGGAGUGCUCCUAGUAAUCCACCUCCCCAAGAAGCAUAAAGUUCACUGUGCCCCAGCUGAAAUGCCCGGGCGUCCAUGUGAAAGAGGUAUUGCAUUACUGUGCUGUGAUUGGCCUCCAGAAACGUCGCAUAAUCCCCUGAAGUCAAGUGGCCACUCUUCUCAUUGUUUUGAACUCUGCUACAGGAAUGCGGCUAUCCCCUUUCAAAGCUCAGUUUCUGACAGCUGGCAUGCUUAUCUGCUCUGGGACAAAGCAAACCAUUAGUGUGGAAUGCUGCUGUUGUGAGUGUGUGUGUGUGUGGGGGGGGGCGGGGGCGGUCUGCUGCUGUCUGAAUGUAGAAGACAGUAUGCUGACUCUCUGACUCCCCCCACAUACACACAACACACUCCCUGUCACACUCCAACACCCCUCCCCCAUUUGAAAAGUACAUUGCAUCCACUUGCAUACUGAGAUAGCUACCACAAUGCACUGCUCUUUGUGACAUUGCAAGAACUGCUAAUGGGGCCACGCCAGUGCGCUUGCAGCUGUCAGUGUAAACACACAGCAGUGUUUUCCCUGCUGUGCUUUCUGAAGUCUAGUUUAACUCCCAGCGCUCUACCUCUGCAAGUGUAGCCAUGCUCUCAGAGAAAGCGAGCAAGUGCUGCACAGUACUUGCAACUGUAGUGUUCACGCAUUCUGAUAUUUUUUAGGUAACUGCAAAACCACUGAGACCUAUCCUCUAACAAAAUAAAGAGUUUGGGAGAGAUUUAGUUUUAUUGCAACAUUUUUUUUUUCUUCACCUUUUAAAAAAGACAGUUACUCACCUUUGUAACUGUUGCUCUUCAAGAUGUGUUGCUCCUAUCCAUUCCAAUUAGGUGUGUGCGCACCACGUGCACGAUUGUUGGAAGAUUUUUACCCCAGCAACGCUCAGUGGGUCGGCUGAGGCGCCCCCUGGAGUGGCGCCUUCAUGGUGCCGGAUAUAUGCUCCAGCCGACCCAGCGCCCCCUCAGUUCCUUCUUGCCGGCUACUCCGACGGAGGGGAAGCAGGGCGGGUUUGGAAUGGAUAUGAGCAACACAUCUCGAACAACAGUUACAAAGGUGAGUAACUGUCUUUUCUUCGAGUGCUUGCUCAUAUCUAUUCCAAUUAGGUGACUCCCAAGCCUUACCUAGGCGGUGGGGUUGGAGUGAGAUGUCCGGAAGUGAAAGACCGCUGAAUCAAAUGCAGCAUCACCCCUGAACUGCUGAAUUAUCGCAGUGGGCGGUGAAGGUAUGCACCGAUGACCAAGUCUCUGCCUUACUAAUCUCCUGUAUGGGUACGUGUGCUAGGAAAGCAGAAGAUGAAGCCUGAGCCCGUGUGGAGUGGGUGGUAUGGUGCGUAGUUGGGACACCAGCCAAGUCAUUGCACGCAUGGGUGCAUGAUAUGAUCCAGGACGAGAUGCACUGGGAGGAGACGGGAAGGCCCUUCAUCCGGUCUGCCACAGAAACAAACAGCUGCGAUGUUUUCCUGAAAGGUUUUGUUUGCUCGAUGUAGAAGGCGAGGGCCCUGCAAACAUCCAGGGAGUGCAGCUGUUGUUCCCAUCGAGAGGCGUGCAGCUUCGAGUAGAAGAUGGGGAGGAAGAUGUCCUGGUUGAGAUGGAAGGCAGACACCACUCUUAGGGAGCAAGGCCAGGUGGAGUCGCAGCUGUACCUUGUCCUUGUGGAACACUGUAUACGGUGGUUCCGAUGUGAGUGGCCUGAGCUCAGACACACGCCUUGCCGAGGUGAUAGCUACGAGGAAGCCUGUCUUCCAGGAAAGGUACAGGAGUGAGCAUGGCCAUAGGCUCGAACAGGGCAGCCAUGAGUUUGGAGAGGACCAGGUUAAGAUCCCACAUAGGGACCAGUUGUUGAAUUCAUGGGAACAGGCGCUCCAACCCCUUGAGAAAUCUGCUGACCAUGGCAUUGGAGAAGACUGAAUGCCCGUUUUUGCCUAGGUGGAAAGCCGAAAUAGCUGCAAGGUGCACUCUGAUGGAUAAUAUCGCCAAGCCCUGCUGUUUUAAGGACAGGAGGUAGUCCAAGAUGAUAGGUACUGAUACCUGUAGCGGGGCCAUAUGAUUUUGAGCGCACCAGCAGGAAAAACGCGUACACUUGGCUAAGUACGUGGACCUGGUAGAGGCCACUGGCCUGCACCGUCCUCGCCCUGCUCCUGGGCGUGGUAGCCAUCUUGUGAGCAUGACCGCCAAGGCGGUGCCGUAUGUGUCGGUGCAGAGUCCCCCAGUGCUGUAUGGUGCCAGGGACCAGUGGCGUGAUGCAGAAUGGUACUGAGACUUCGAUCGGUGCCUGCAGUCUUAUUGGUACUGGGAGCCUGAUCUGGAUCUCGAUGGUGACCUCCGGUGAGAUCGGCGCCGGGAUCGGCUCCAGGUUGAGUGUUGCUCUGACCGGUACCGGGAGCGGUGCCGGGAGUCCGAUUGGUACCGGCCGUACCGCAAUUCGGAUCUCUGUGAGCUGGAGCGGCGUCGCGAGUACAACUGGUGCAGAGAAUGAGAUCGGUGCCGGGACUGCGAGCGAUGCCAUGAAAGGUGCCGAGACCCAGAUCGGGACCAGUGCAGUCUUGCUUCACUCGGCAACGGUGGUCGUCGUAUCAGGGACGGUUUUCCCUUCGACGGCACUGCCCACACCGGAGAUGCCGCUGGCUGCAGGGGAGUCAGCUCUGUGAGCGCGAUCAAGUCCCGUGCUGUUGAAAAGGUCUCCAGCGUGGAGGGCAGCCUCAGCUUGACCGCAGUGUGCACCGGGGGGCUUAUAUGCACCGGACUCGAUGGCCCUUGUGGCGCUGGAGUAGAUGGUGCAGGAGCUGUUGCUUGUCUUGUGCGCUCCGGCAAUGGAUGCGGCUCCAACUGUGGUGUAGGAAGUGUCGGUGGCUGUCAAACCGACAAACAAGAAGCAGUCAGAACCCGCUUGGGCUGCUGCUUCUUCUGGCCCGGAGAUAGGGACCGGUGCUGUGGUGGUGGAGGUGCCGGGGAGACCUGGUGCCUCAAGUCUUUAGUAGAGUCCGAACGCGGUGCCGGACCAAUCGGCGCCGCAGGCGUACUCCGCACCGAAGAUGCCGCCAAGUCUGGGUGCGCGGAGGAAGGGACUGGGCUAAGUGCUGCCUCCAUAAGGAGCUGCUUCAGUCUAAAGUCCCGCUCCUUUUUGGUCCUCGGCUUGAAGGCUUUGCAAAUGCGGCACUUGUCCGCUUGGUGGGACUCCCCCAGACAGCUUAGGCAAGAGUGUGGGGGUCUCCCGUUGGCAUUGGCUUCAGGCAAGCCGAGCAGGAUUUGAAGCCCGGAGACCCAGGCAUGGGCCCGGUACCGGGAGAGGGGAGAAGACCCUGUUCCACCCCACUAAGUAAACUAAGUCUAACUAUACUAAGAACUACUAACAACUAUUAACAACUAAUCACAAACUAUUAACAGGUAAUAAAGCGAAUGCUAGGGAGAGUGGAGAUCAGCUAUGCGGUAAGAAGGAACUGAGGGGAAGCUGAGUCAGCUGGGGCAUAUAUCCAGCGCCAUGAAGGCGCCACUCCAGGGGGCGCCUCAGCCGACCCGAGCGUUGCUGGGGUAAAAAUCUUCCGACGAUUGUGCACGCAAUGCGCACACACCCAAUUGGAAUCGAUAUAAGCAAGCACUCGAAGAAGAACUGGAAGAGGUAUUGACUCUGAGGUGAGAAUUAUUUACAGAAAACUAAUAAAUAGUUGAGGCCCAAAUGGAAAACCCUGCCUAAAUUUAAAAUUUGUAGCAUCCCAACACAUUUUUAUGAUGGGAUUAAGUGAUUUUUUUAGGGAGAUGUGAUAUUAUGCAGUGGUUAACUCUGAGAAUUAUGGAUACUUUUGUAAAUCAUGUCAAAUUGCCAUCACAAAUUUCUUGAAAAGUCAAAGUAAUGCCUCUCUUUUAACAUGUGUAUAACUAUGCAUUAAUUUCAUUAUGGCAAAUCUACCUUACAUCUUCCCUCUGCUUGUUGUUUUGUCUAUAUGUGUAAUUUAUGAUCUGCUUACACAAUGAUCAUUUACCUGAGAAAUCCAUCAAAGAUGAUCUCUAUUUCCCUCCAUCAGUGGAGGAAGUUAUGAAAGCCAUGAAACAACAGAACUCUGGCAAAGCAUCCGGAAAGGCUGGUAUUCCAGCAGAACUUUAUAAAGCAGCAGGCUCCAAGGCCAUCGAGGUGUUUCAUGACAUCUUGAGUAGCAUUUAGGAGGAAGAAAUGCCACCAGACUUCAAAGAUGCUAUUAUUGUAUCAUUGUUCAAAAACAAAGGCAGCAAAGCUGCUUAUGGAAACUACAGAGGCAUUGCUCUCUGUACAGCAGGGAAAAUACUAGCUCGCACUUUACUGAACAGACUCAUUGCAGACAUAUCUGAGGAGAAUCUGCCAGAAGUGCAGUGUAGUUUCAGACCAGAUCAUAGUACUAUGGACAUGAUCUUUGUCGUAAGGCAGGUCCAAGAAAAGUGUUUAGAGCAGAACAUGGACCUGAAUGCAGUUUCCAUCGAUUUGAUGAAAGCUUUUGAUACAGUCAACAGAGAGGGUCUAUGGGCUAUUUUACAUAAAAUGGGCUGCCCAAGAAGGUUCAUACAAAUCAUCCAUCUGUUCCAUGACCACAUGACCGUGCAAGUGCUCCCCAGUGGUGACUUUUAUGAUGCAUUUGAAAUCGCGAAUGGAGUGAAGCAAGACUGCGUACUUGCUCCAGUGCUGUUCAUCUUGUUCUUUGACUGUGUCCUCAGCCACGUCACAAGGGACUUGGACGAGGGGAUAUCUUUCACUUCAGAGGGAGUUGUAGAACAAGAAGUCUAUUCUUAUCACACAAAGAACCAGAUACUCUCCAUCUACUUCAUGUUGCUUUCAUAAGAAUAACCUCAAGUAGUGGUGCAGUCUCUGAGAACUGCAAUGUCAGUGGCUGGAGUAAUUUUAUUCACAAGUUGGAAACAACUCAAACUUUGGGGAUGUACUGGUGUGAAAGAUAAACCAGCCCACGCCAAAGCAGCUGCACUUGGACAACAACUAUGCAGAAUGUUGCCAGCAGUACACAUGCUGACUGGGUGUAAUUCAACCAGGAAUCUGGCAUGGUUUGCAAACUAAACUUUAUCAGGAAAAAUCCACACAAAUUUAGAAGCCUUGCCAAUUUUGGCACUGUGGUGGAGAUACUUGUGCUGAUUUCAGCUGCGCAGGAACUUCUGAUAACCCUUCUCUGACACAACGGCUAACUCAGUAGAUGUAAAUGGUGUGUGAUACAUACAGACCUGGAACAAGGCCCUCCCCACAAUUUGAUAGUCUUGUGCAACAUACCAAGCAUGCAGAUUACCAGACCUUUAUCUGGAAUGAUGCCAUGGAGGCUUGACCUGACAUCUCUUCUCUCCCCCCAUGGAAAUAGCUGGCAUCACAAGGCUGGACAGAUUUCUCCAACACUAAUGACACAGACACUUGCCACUGAAGCACUCCCGGAACCCAUUACAUGUAGAUGUAAAAAGCCAAAUGUGGAGGCAGCCGUAGUUGUUCAAGAUAGAGCAUGGCAUACACAUUGACUUGCUUGUGUACUGGUCAUGAAGACUGUUUGACACUGACAAUUUUGUGAUGAGUAUAAUCUAAAUGAGACCAACUACAGAUUGUUCAGACUUAGACAAGUAGCAUAUGUCAAAUAUAUUGAAAAAGAUUAGUAUAUACUGUCAUAUUGCCCAUCACUGAGAGGAGUCCAGUGGCUAUUAGUAGGGCCCUACCAAAUUCAUUGUCAUGAAAAAGGCGUCACGGACUGUAAAAUUUGGUCUCCUCCCCGUGAAAUCUGGUCUCUUGUGUGUUUUUACCCUCACUUCUGCACUGCCUUCAGAGUUGGGUGGCCGGAGAGAGGCAGCUGUUGGCUGGGCCCCCAGCUCUGAAUGCAGUGCCCUGCCAGCAGCACUGCAGAUGUAAGGGUAGCAAUACCAUACCAUGCCAUCCUUACUUCUGCACUGAUGCUGGCAGUGGCUCUGCCUUCAGAGCUGGGCUCCCAGCCAGCAGCCGCUGCUCUCCAGCUGCCCAUCUCUGAAGGCAGUGCUGCGGCCAGCAGCAGCACAGAAGGGUAGCAGUACCACAACGCCCCGAAAAUAACCUUAUGACCCCCCCCUCCCCCAACUCCUUUUGGGUCAGGAUCCUUACAAAUACAAUACCCUAAAAUUUCAAAUAUAUAUAACUGAAAUCAUGAAAUUUAAGAUUUUAAAAAUCCUAUGACUGUGAAAUUGACUAAAAUGGACCAUGAAUUUAGUAGGACCCUAGCUAUUAGUUUUUGCUAGCAUCAUAGUGUGAAAUAGUAUACUCAGCUUGUAAUAUAAUGAAUAAUCUCUGCAUUUAUCAACACAAAACACAAGGCCAACAUUCUUUAAGUAAUAAGCCUUAUUAAUUUGUGUCAAACUAUUUGGAUGACUAAAUUUUUUUUUUGUAUGUAGUGUUGUUGUAGCCAUGUCAGUCCCAGGAUAUUAGCGAGACAAAGUGGGUGAGGUAUUAUCUUUUAUUGGAUCAAUUUACGUUGGAGACAAGUUUCCUGUUUGACCCUGUGUUUAGUUGACACACUGAAUACCCUUUCCAGACCUGAAGAAGAGCUUUGUGUUGCUCGAAAGCUUGUCCCUCUCACCAGCAAAAGUUGGUCUAAUAAAAGAUAUUUCCUCACCCAUCUUGUCUUUCUAAUUUUUUCUUUUAAUGUAAAUUGUUUAAAUCCCCUUUUCAUGUUUUCUUUCCAACUUGUCUUGACAACUUAAGUACAUUUUUGUGGACUUUUCACUCACACAAAAGGUUGUUUAGACAUGGGUAAAAAAAUCUUGCACUGGCAUCUCUUGCUACUACCUUAGAACACCACAUCCACCGUAGAAAGUACCAAAGGGACACAUCUAUCAAAAUAAGUUGUUGCUUUCUGCGGGGGGAGGGCCCUACAUCCCCCCCCAAAUUUCUGUUGGCCCCCAGAUGAAAAGUGGGUAGUGGUAGGGCCAGCCACAGGAUUUCUUGGGCCCUAAGAUGUUGGAAGAGAACAUGGACAAAGUAUGUCGUGUGUGUGUGCUCUAAUCCUGUGCUGGAAGGUGUAGUGAGAUGGAGGGAAGAGCUCACUGCCAAACCAGUUAUACUCUGAUAUACUCUGUUUUGCGAAGCUUGUGGAUGCAGAGGCUGCUUGUGUUCAAGGUCUACUGUGGAUACUGCAUUUACUUUGUACCAAUGUAAACAGUUUUAAAAGAUUUAACUAAUCUUGUUUGAAUUAAAUCUGCAGCUGUUAGAUCAAAACCUUUUGAACCUGGAUUCUUCAGAGGUGGUGAGGAGCGUGUUACAAUGACUGAAGGUGUGAGAUCUUUAAAAUAUAGGCCAUUUUUUAACUUCACAAAGUGGAAUGGUGAAGGGUCAGACACAAAGGGAAGGCUGUUUAAGGUACUUGUUGAAAGGCUAUUUCCUAAUAUUUCAAAAUUCACCCCUGUAGCAAAUGAUUGAUUAGUGUAGUUGUGCUGCAUUUGAUGCAUAAUAUCUCUUGAUACUAAACAAAAAGAUUUUACAAACAGCUAUCCCCCAUUAUGUCAAGUGAAAUGCAACUACCUCUGCAGUGAAUUGUUGAUAGCAGUUUAAGAAAGUGUAACAGCAGCUUAGAUUAAGAAGUGAAAGAUACCCACCCCCUUGAAACUGCUGGAGGUAAACUGCAUGUAAUAACUGGUCCCUGAGUGGCAUACUGACACGAACAAGUCAGUGGCUCUUUAAUGAUUAUAAAUUCUCCAGGUGCUCAACUUCAAGACCUCCCCUCAAGCAGUGCCUGAACACCAUGUGGAGGUGUUGGUUUAAAACUAAAUCAAAAAGAAAGAUGUUACAUCUUGAAUGAACACCUCUGCAUCUUGCACAGCCCUCUAUUAUCUGAAUUCUGACCCAGCCACACCCUUUGCUGGGGGGCAGUCUGAUCAAAAUCGCAGCUCAAAGUCCUAAGUUAUAUGUUGACAAUACACAGCCAUAGCAAUGUCACUGUAGCUAUGCUGUCAUAAGGACAUGGUUUGUGUGCAGCCUACACUGCUGGAGGAAAGGUUUUUUCUGUUGGUAUGGGAACACUACCUCCAUCAGAGGACAUGUUCACGGUGGUCAAGUGGUAUAGCUAUGUAAAUCAAAUGGUUAAGUGUAUUUUUUUCUCCAUAUUGCUAACAUAGCUAUGUUGAUUUAAUACAGAAGUAUAGACCAAGCCCAUCCCUGUAUAAAUAUUCAUAACCAACUGCUGCCCUCACUUACAAAUCCUUGGGGAGCGGUGCCUGCAUAGGUUGGGGGCUGAAUUCAGCCUCUAGCUGCGUUGUGCUUUUUUUUUUUGGGGGGUGGGGGGGUUGGGAGAGGAGAGGAGAGAGACAAGCAUAUUAUCUGCUUCAGAUAAAAUUAAAGGAUUCUAGCACAGAGAAUAUCAAGCCUUCAUAAUAAGUGCUAAGGUAGCUUUUGAGCUGGGAAGGAAGCGUUAAAACUUAGCUUCCAAAGUAAUUUUCAUUUUGCUUGGGAAAAAGAUUUGUCUGAGUGUAAAGGAAUUUGCCAUGUCCACCCAACCAAAUUUGCAUCUCUGCAGCAAACCUGCAAAAUAAGCAGUCUAUGAUGGACUGCAUUGGUUGCUGAACAAGGUGUGGAGGAGCAAAACAUUGACAGCAGUAUUUGAUUGUCAGUAAGCAAUUAAACCAUUUUCCUACCAAUGAAUUUAGUGUAGCCCUACCUAGAGCUUAUCUGUUCUCUCACUGUAUGACUGCUUGCCAUGAAAGAGAUUUAGUCAUGGGCAGCAAGGGAAUGUAAUAUUUUACAUUCCAAAUAUAUAUUUUUUAAAAGUAGUUUGCUGGUAGCUGUGAUAAAAGACCAGAAAAUUGCUGUAGACAGUCCAGUUAAGAGGGACCAAAACCAGGAUAGGUUCUCUUCUGGGACCUGUUUCUGGACUCCUGCAGGUGCCAGGAUUAUGCUUCUAUUUCUCAUUGGAGUGGAAUUGUACCAGCCAACUGCUUGCAGACUGGCUCUCUGUAUCAUCCCUCCCUGACUGCCAACUGUGCUUACCUCGAAGGGCCAACUGGGCUUGGCCCUGCUGGAGUUGGAGUCUGUGGCCAGGAACAGUGGGUAGUGACACAGAAGCACUUUCUCCAAAGCAAAGUAUGAUUUAUUUACCCAAAUGGUACAGAGGAUUUAGAGCAGUACAUAUGUGUCGGUGGGCUCUGGUAGUCCCUGCAAGUCCUAAGGUAGCCAUGCACAUGGGUGUGCACUCCUCCCCCUCCAAUUAUGGUACAAAAAAAAAUGCAAACUUGAAAAUAUCUGCCCAGCCUCAAUUUAUUUUAUAUAAAAAAUAAAUACAUAAAACUAGUGGUUCAACUAACCAGCAUAGUCCCCUGUCAUAAGAUAAAUCAUAAAUUGUAUGACUUUAGUUAGAUUGAAUAAUUCUGUGUAGGAAGCCAAAAACAGAUCAGACAGCUCCCCAGCAGUACCCACAAGGAGAAGACUCAUGACAAAGUACAUUUUUUGUUUGAGAAUAUAUAUUUUUAAAAAGUUUUUUAUAGGGACACUGAGAAUUUAUUAAUACAGUAGAACCCCUUUUAUCUGAUCCUUCAUUAUGUGGCUCGGCCCAUUAACUGAAACACCACCCACUUCUGGUCCUGUGUGUGCUGAUCUCUCCUGUGGCUGCUAGACAGAACAGUAGCCUCCCACUUUCCCAGUCUCUGCAUUAUCCAAAGUUUUGAUUAUCUGCUCUGGCCCUGAUUGACUACAGGGUUCUGCUGUAUUUUAAGUUUCAUAUUUUGAAACAAAUUCAGCUAAUUGGACUAGCCACUGAGCUGCCUGAGAACAAUUUCCUUUGUGCUUGUGCUGUAUAUUUCACAGUAUCAUUUUUUUCUAAAGGGGUUCUGGGACAUAGGAUGCAAAGCUAAAAUUUGCUGUACUGAUUUAUAACCUCUAAUAUAACACACUACAAUGUAACUUCUUAUACAAAUGAAGGAAUUGUUAUUCUUAAUUCCCAAGGAACCUGCAGUACUAAAUGUUACCAAGCAGUAUAUUUUUGUAUAUGUUCUAUGUCCCUACACUACAUGUAAGGUAAAACCAGCUAUUACUUAAGGGGUACAUAUUUCCUAGUUUUCAGACAUGGCUAUUUAUGUAUGUCCAUAUAUAUAGUGUAGUAAAACUAGAGCCAUGUGCUUGUGGGUAGUUUUUGCAUGUUCUCUCAUCUUAAUAAUAAAAUCAGAGAUAAAAACUC